AUGCAAUGGGGCGCUAUCUGCGAGGACACACAAGUGCCAUUUCCUUGCCUCCUUUGGGAGUGGGAGACGCCACAAGAGAAGCUCUCUCACCAGCUCGCUUUGGAUCUUGAGAACCUCACCCAGCAGCACCACGCUAUAUUCAAAAUCAGAUUCUCUGCAAGGUCAACAAUACCAGUCUUCUCUACAAUCAACAGCGUCGCACUGACGGCCAUACACUUGGCAUGCGUAUGCCCCGCAAAGCUCCGCAGGUUUUUUAAACACCAGAACCUCACUUGGGGCGAGAAGAGCAAGGGCGUAGAUUGGUUCCUUUACCGCAAGUUUGUGCUGCACGGCGAGCUUUUCCCAUACGUUAAUGAGCUCCAGAAGCUUCAUCCAAAUCGCCCCAUCGUCGUUGUUGAAGACGGCGCGCCGCUACACGCCAAAGCUAUUGGUAUCUGCGCGGCAGAGUAUGCUCAACACCACAUUAUUUGA